AUGUCAUAUCGGUUGCUGACGAAGGGCAAGUUGCUCUGGUUUGUCGACUGUGCCGCCUUGACGCUCUGGCUCUGCUGCUUGUUGCGGUUUGCCAUCCUUCUUCCGCUCGUGGGCACGCGGUUCCUCCCCCAGGGGAUCGCCGACUUCUUCCACGUCGUGGCGGUGAUACCGGUGGCGGAGUUGGUGGUGGUGAGGCUAGUGCGGCGCAACUGGUCUCAGGGCAAAUACGGCAGCUGGCCCGUGGUUGUUAAUGCUUUGAGAAUGGUGUGGUUGUGUUACGGGGUGAUUUUCGUGUACCCUAAGAUCGCAAAGCAUAUCCUGUACUCGGUGCUCAUUGGGCUGUGGUGUCUCGGCUAUCUCGUUCAUUUCGCCUACUAUGCGUUUAAAGUGAAGUUCAGAACCACCCCGUACUUCCUCUUUUGGCUUAAACACCACAUUAUGUUCGUGACGUUCCCGGCGCUGGUGGUGGCGGAGAUGGUGCUUUUAUUCUUGUCGCUCAAGUUUGCUGAGGAUGGCACUGUUUACGAGUGGUUUAUCAAAGCGGUGUUAGUGGGCUACGUUCCCUUGGGCUAUUUUGCCUGGGGCUACUUGCUUGAUCGCCGCCAGGAGAAGUACUACGACGUGUUGGUGAAGAAAGAGGAAUACAGACGGAAUAUUGCCAUGCAAAAUCUUGCUCCGCCCGCAGCGGUACUGGCCAAUACUGCACCGCUGAAUACCCGUCGUCUGCCGCUUAGCCAGGAGGUGACGGUGGAAGAUCUUCCCGAGAACAACACCACAAAUUAG